UUCCUUAGAUUUGGAAGAUACACCACAAAUAUUGAAGUAUCUUUUCUAUCCCAACAACAACUACCACCAAUUCCAUAUGGCUUUGAUAGGAAAACUAUGUCACAGUGAAUUGGAAUACUCCUUCACAAUAGCAAAGCUAUCUUCACAGAAGUUUCCAGAAAUUGAUCCCACCUUUAUAUGUCGAUUUAACAAAAGCAUAACAAAAACAUGGACCAUCUUAAACAACCAAGGUGUGCAUCACGUCCUAAUCUAUAACAAAGAUCAAGUUCAUCCACUUAUAAUUAGUGGAUGGAAAGACGUUGAAGCAUUUUAUAGUUGCCCCUCUAAUGUUGUUCUUGAAGUGGGUUACUAUAUGAAUGACAAUUUUAGCAUCCUCAACAUCAAAAAUAUAGUAGAAAUCGAGCAAUUACCCUUUUACCAUAGCAGGUCUUUUUUCCCAAACAACAUUAUGGUUUUCGACCUUGGUCUAACAAAUGUUGAACUAUCACAAACAAAAUUGAGAUUGGAGGAGGACUUUGCUGAAAUUUUAAAAGAUUACAACUACAACUGUCUCAACUUGUGCUGUGAUAAUGGUACGAGGACAAUCCUGGAAUUAGCAAACAUAAACACUACAUACCCCACAAAGUUAGGACCCGACUGGGAAGAAUUUUGUCAAACCAAUAUGUUCAAAGUUGGUGACACGAUUAGGUUUAGAUUUGAUAUCAGGUCUCCGAACAAAAAAUGUCAUGUAUAUAAAAUCCAUUAAUUUAACAAAUUUAUCUUAAU